UAAAAAUUUUUACAAAAUGAUUAAGUGAUAAUAUUAAAAUAUUAGUAAUAAAACGAUACAAGAAACACGAUAAACGCUUCAUGAUGAUUUUGUAAAAUCGAAGAGUGUAUCGAUUUAAAAGUGUAUUGUGUUGUGUUUUCAAGUAAUAUUUUGUGACAAUAAUGAGUUCAGAAUUAAUUUUAGGUGUACGUUUAGAUCUUCAAACAUUAACUACAAUUAAAUUAAGUGAUAUUAAUUUUAAGACAAAAGUAGCAGAACUGAAAUAUGAAACAGCUGGAAGGGUUAACCUAUCAAAAGAAUUAUUUGAAUUGAUUUAUUGUGGAUGUGUUCUUGAAGAUGAUAUGACUUUAGAAUCUUAUGGUUUAAAAAAUGGUGCAAUGAUACAUGUUUUAAGAAAAAGGGAACCAGAACUACCAUCAUUUCCUAAAUAUAUAUCAGAGGAUGGUAUUUUACAACUUGUAUCUGCAUUUAAGUCCUUCAAAGAAAACCCUGGACUUCGAAGUGCUUUAAGUCGUAUAGGGAAAAAACCAGAAGUUAUGGAUAAUAUUAUUUCAUCUUCUCCUGGAUUACAUGAAGAUACUGUAGCAAUUGCUAUUUUACAAGACCCUGAUUUAAUGUCAUAUUUUACAGAUGUAGAUACUGUUCGAAGAUUUGCAGAAGCACAUCCUGUUUUAGUAGAAGCUGCCCAAAAUAUAGCUGCAGCUGUUCAUGCUGAAGCACAUAACAACAUAACUUUUGGCAUCAAUUCUUCAUUGUCUAAUUCAGAAUCUGCUGCUUUUUCUUAUAGUUUAGAUAAUUUAAGUGGUGAUGAAGAAAUGGCAGGGGAUUCUUCUCAGUCUUCAGAUUCUACACAACCGUCAAAUUUAUCUUCUAAUCCAACAAAUUCUACUGUUACUGUUGCGCAACUUGCAGCAGCAGUUUCUAGAGCAAGAGCUGGAAGUUUUCCCCUUUCUGAUUCUUCUUCUUCUACUUCAGCUAGUAGCGCGAAUUCUCGAAUAAUAACAGCAGAAAUGUUUACACAAGCUAUGCAACAAGUUCAUUCACCAUUAGUUUUACCGAGACCGUCAAAUUUACGACGAAUGUUAGCGCAAAUGCAUGAAUUAGGAUUGCAAAAUGAUAGAGUGAAUCGUCGAGCAUUACGUCUCACAAAUCAUGAUUUAAGAGCAGCAAUUGAACUUGUGCUUAGUGGUUUAAUCAAUAAUUAAGUUCAUUAAAUUAGAAUUUACAGUACACUUAUUUGAAUACUAUAUACAAAAAUUGUAUAUUUCUUAUUUUUAUGCAUUAAAUUAAAAGUACUUUAUAAAAUUU